CAUGCAGCACAGAACGCAUCUUGACUCUCUCUCUCCCUCUCUCCAAACCUCUGCGGCUCUGCCCUGCGUGUGUGCGAGUUUGAGGUCAGGUCUAAAACAUCUGGCUCAGCUAUAGCACCAAAUGCUGUCAUCGACGGGAGGUCCCAGAGAAAGUACCUUCAACAAAACCUUAAACCUCAACAACAGAGGCUCAUCAUCAUCGUCAUCCUCAAAAUCACUUUCAUCCACAUCUGCUACCUCAUCGCCUUCGCCAUUCUCAACCUCCUUCCACCAAUCCAUAAGAGCCACCAAAACCAUGGAAGAGGUAUGGAAGGACAUCAGUCUGGCUUCCCUUCCUGACCAAGAAACCACCCCAAGAAUCCACGAACGUCCCCACCCAACCUCCAACAACGUCAUCCUCCAAGACUUUCUUGCCCGACCCUUUAGCAAAGAUCACACGCCGGUCAGCCAAGUCUCCACCGCCACAGAGACGGGCACUCUCUAUGGCUCUGCCUCUUUGGUGUCGCCUCCAGCCACUGUUUUGAGCUUGCAUUCGGGUUCUGAAUUUCAUUUCCUUGAUAACUCUGACCCACUAAGGCCUGACUCCCAUUUACAGCCCCAAUCCAUUUCUAAUAUCUCUCCUUUCGGUAGCUCAUUUGAGGCUUUCGCAUCCACUACUGGCUUGCCGUCUUUUGGGAAGAAAAGAGUUCCGGAAUCUGACAGCAGCUCAGGGGAUCGGCGACAUAAGCGUAUGAUGAAGAAUCGAGAGUCCGCCGCCCGAUCAAGAGCUAGAAAGCAGGCCUACACAAACGAGUUGGAACUUGAAGUUGCUCACUUGAUGGAAGAGAAUGCAAAGCUCAGAAAACAGCAGGAACAGUUAAGGGUAGCUGCAGCCGCCCCACUUCCCAAAAAGCACUCGCUGCAUCGAACGUCAACUGCUCCAUUUUGAGAAGGCAGGCACUCCUCGGUGCAUUCCUUCUAACAAAGUCUUUUAUGUUUCCCUUCAUGAGAACAGUCCCUUCUCAGCUAGCUAGAGAGGAUAUGAAAGAGAGUAUUCAAGGGUUUUCAAUAAUUUUGUGGGUGGGUGUUCCUCUGUUUCAUAUUUUAAUGGUUUUAGGAAAGAAUGAGAAUCAUGUAUGAGAAAUAGUGUUUUUGCAUUCCAAAGAAACAGGUCUUUGUUUGUAUCCUUCCCUUGACUUCUUACUCCUCUUUUUUUU